AGCCAGCGUCGAUGGAACGAGAGGAACGAAGCCUGCUUCAAAGACAAUAGGGCAGUCACCAAUCCGCAGGCCGCAGCAGUCGACCAAGGCGACCUCCGACCUCCGUGACCUCCGUCUAGGCCUCUGGAGACGCCACCGCAGCACGCCAGUAGUCCAGGCGGUCCAGCACUGCUCCUCCGCCGGCUCAGCAGUCCGCACGUGUUGGUAAUUUUACCAAAAACAAUCAGCAAAGUUUAAAUACUCGUCCAAUCAGUUAUUUUACCAAAAAAAAAUCGGCAAAGUUUAAAUACUCUGCAGAAUAAGAUAUGAAGUUCCCCCAGACAAUGAAUAUGAAAGGCACGUAAGGUCUGAGGUAAUUUCUGCAAAGGACAUUGGGGUGACUUCUGAAGAUAUCGGUUCACUGGAUGAGACUAAAGAAUCACUUCAAGGACUGGUCUUAUGGCGCUUAAGAGUUAAGAGUUAAGCUGCACUUGUGAGCUGCCCAAGGUUUUGUGUCGUGACCUGUGAUGGCACAUCCACAUUCUUAUUGCUUUCGACCCAUUAAAAGUGCAGCCCAUUGCAAUCUCUUAUACCCCAGCUCGAGGCAGAUACCCAGGCGCCGCAUUGUACUUUCAAGCAUCAACAAGUUAAAUCAAGACCCGAAUCUGCAAACGAAGGUUGGUUCCUUACUAGAUAGCAUCAAAUGGGACGAUAAAGGUUUAGCGGUGGCAAUAGCUCAAAAUGUUGACACUGGUGCUGUUCUAAUGCAAGGGUUUGCCAACCGGGAUGCUCUUUUACAAACCCUUUCAUCUCGAAAGGCAACAUUCUGGAGUCGUUCACGGUCCACCUUAUGGACUAAGGGGGAGACCUCUAUGAAUUUCAUAAAUAUUUGUGAUGUUUUUCUUGAUUGUGAUCGUGAUUCUAUUAUAUAUCUCGGGAAGCCUGAUGGACCAACUUGCCACACGGGUUCAGAAACAUGUUAUUACACAUCUGUGUGUGAUGUCUAUAAAAAUGAACAGAUGGAAGGAAAUAAGCUGGCUCUCACAUCCUUAUACUCAUUAGAAUCAACAAUCUACCAAAGGAAAGAUGAACUACCAAGAUCUUCAAAUGAAAAACCUUCAUGGACAAAACGACUAUUGCUUGAUGAUAAAUUGCUUUGCUCAAAAAUCCGGGAGGAGGCAGAUGAGCUAUGCCGCACUUUGGAGGAAAAUGAGGAGAAAGGACGAACUGCAUCAGAGGCAGCAGAUUUGGUUUAUCAUGCCAUGGUUCUACUAGCCAAUAGAGGUGUGAAAAUGGAGGAAGUUCUUCAAGUACUUAGGCUAAGGUUCUCACAGUCAGGAAUUGAAGAAAAGAUCAGUCGACAAUCUAAGGGGACUUGACCCGACUACUACUCACUCUCACUUUCACUAGUUUUGGGAGAAAUAGAUGGAUUGGUAGGGGGACACAGCCAUUACCUUUAUAUUUGUUAUUAUUAAAUGACGUGGAAAUAAUUAAGAGCAUAUAUCAUCAGUCAUGUUUUUACGGUUGUAUCAGAUUCCUCACUUCAUGGAGGAAUCUUCCUCACUUAGAUUGUGUUAGAUACUUAGAUACCUCCAUGGUAAAAUUGUGUCAGAUUGUGUCAGAUUCCUCACUUCAUGGAGGAAUCUUCCUCACUUUGAGGAUAAAUAUUUUUCACUUUAGAAAUUUAUGCUUGCUAAAAAAUUGUACUCCAUGGUAGCUUUCCAGUUUCUAACUUAUUUUGGGGACUUGGGAGUGCUAUUAUGCUGGGCUUCAUGCUUCAUUGCUUCAUG